UUUUGAUUCGGGCCCCCAGCCCGACUGGCAUGGCGCCUCAAUUUCCCAGAAUACAUCGCUUCUUGUGCAUCCGCCAUAUUGCCUUCGCCUAAACGCGCUGGUUGGAUCGGCUCGUACACACAACUGAAAAUUGUUGCAGUGAUGACUCAGACAGUUCAGACCAACGGGGUUCAACCCCUCAGUAAGACCUGGGAGCUGAGUCUGUAUGAGCUACAGAGAACACCACAGGCACAGGAGGCUAUAACAGAUGGACUAGAGAUAGCGGUGUCGCCCAGGUCCUUGCACAGCGAACUUAUGUGUCCUAUCUGUCUGGACAUGUUGAAGAACACAAUGACAACCAAAGAAUGUCUGCACCGCUUCUGCGCUGAUUGUAUCAUCACAGCUUUGAGAUCUGGUAAUAAAGAGUGUCCUACCUGUCGUAAGAAGCUGGUGUCCAAGAGGUCGCUGCGUCCAGACCCUAAUUUUGAUGCUCUGAUUAGUAAGAUUUAUCCCAGCCGUGACGAGUAUGAAGCCCACCAGGAGAGAGUGUUGGCCCGCAUUAGCAAACACAACAACCAGCAAGCCCUGUCCCACAGCAUAGAAGAAGGGCUGAAGAUACAGGCUAUGACCAGACUGCAGCGUGGUAAGAGACAUACAGUGGAGAAUGGUAGUGGAGCUGAGGACAAUGGAGACUCCUCCCACUGUAGCAACGCUUCUGUCCACAGCAACCAGGAGGCAGGUCCGAGCAUUAAGCGCACCAAAACAAGUGAUGACAGUGGUUUGGACAUGGAUAACGCUGCUGAGAACGGGGGUGGGGACUCUGUGAUCGAUGGCGGUGCCAGCGAAAUAGAACUGGUGUUCAGGCCACAUCCCACCCUGAUGGAGAAGGAUGACGGUCACAACAGUGUGGAGUUUGUACCUCGCUACAUCAAGACGUCCGGUAACGCUACAGUGGAUCACCUGUCUAAAUACCUGGCCGUCAGACUGGCUUUGGAGGAGCUGAGAAGAAACGCGGAGGCCAGUCCUGUUAAUGUGGAGGCAGCUUCAGAGAAACAGUACACCAUCUACAUACCUACUGCUGGAAACCAGUUCACUGUUCUGAACGGUUCCUUCUCUCUGGAGCUGGUCAGCGAAAAGUACUGGAAGGUGAACAAACCCAUGGAGCUUUACUUUGCUCCUACUAAAGAACACAAGUAGUCACACUUAAAAACACACACGCAUACAUACACAUAUGCACUCACCAGUAGGAAGUAAACACAUGAACUUGGCUACACCUGCGCACACAGAAACAAGAAGAGGAAUGUGUGUGUCUGAAGGAGAUGAGAGGGGUUGGUGAAACCCUCAAAAGGACUCUUGUAAAAAGAAAAAAACUUGUUUUAUAUUCUGUUUCUUUCUGUGUCUCUUUUUAUCUUUUUCUCUGUAGAAGGUAUUAGAUCAGUACAGCAGCCAGCAGGUACCAUAUUGUCAAAAUGGGACUGCUGCUCGGAAAAUAGCAUACAAUGAUGCAGAAUACACUGGCGGAUGGCAACAUUGUGAAUGCCCAUAGACAUGUACACAUAGAUACCACAUGGCCAUGUGCUUUUCAACAGGACAUGCUCACAUAAGAUGAAUCUGACAUGUAUGGGAACAAAUAAAGGUCAUAAUAAUUACAAUUUUAUAAUUAACUGAAAACCUAAUUGUGAAAUGUAAUCACUACUGAUACCUCAUGUUGAAAUUGAAAUACCACUGAAUUUGUAACAUUGAAAUAUUUUACUCUCAGAACCAUCUAUUUGGAUUUAUGUGAUUUGAUUCCCCUCUUUGAAAUUUUCAGGUCAUUUCAAGUUUUGCAAUUUUAAAAACUAGAAUUUUUUUCACAAAUUUCGGGGUUCUAGUUGCUCAUCUGAACUUGUCUUUCUUGGAUCACAUGACUGACAGAAUGAAAUCAAUCAGAUAGGCUCGAUUGAUUGUCGUUGUUAGCCUGAAUAUUUAAGUUAAACGUUUUCAUUGUGAAUUUCACAACCAACUUGAUGUUUAGAACUGACUUGAAUUUUUUAUCUUAAAAUGACCAUUUGAAUCUGAGCAGCUUGUUUUUGAAUGUUGGGCACUUGAAUUUUCCAUCUGAAUUUGUGAACCCUAAAACGUUUUUGGAAUAGCACAACUUGAAAUGAGCUAGUGGAAAUUUUUAAGGGGGAAAUUCAAACCACAUAAAUUCAGACAGAAGAUUUUUAAGUAAAAUAUUUCAAUGUUCAACAUUAAGUAAUUAGUAGUGAUUAAAAUCACAAAGCGAGUUUGAGUUGCUUAUGAAAUUCAAAUUAUUACAGCCUUUUCUUUGCUGCCAUAGACAUUCCUCUAAACUGAUAUUGCACAGUCAAGCACAGAUUGCAACCAAGAUUUUAUUAGACCCAUCUGGCAUAGUGUGACAUGCUGUUAUCACAGAGUGCAUAGGGGCCUUUGAGAAAGCACCUGUUAAACCAUAUGUUGAAUACUAUGUAAAAUGUGCUUUCACACUGACGAACUUGUCAGUUUUGACCAGCAGUGGGCAGUGCAAGCGUAUCCAAUUGCAUUUUUGUAGUGACAUAAAGCUACAAAGAUUGAAGCAGGCAAAUCUUGUUUUUGUUUUUUCCCCCCAAUAAUGUAGCAAGUGUUCUCUAAACUUUUUUUUUUUUUUUAAGUGUCUCUGUAGUCAAAUAAGAGAAUGGUGAAGGUUUGAACGCCUGUAAUCUGUUUGCCAGGGAAGGCUGCUGUCUGUGAAACUGAAUCACUAUAACAGGGAACAAGGGAGAGCACCAAAUGAAUGGAUCUCUGGUCACUCUUUGACUGCAAUGCUACCAGUGUGAACACAUGAUAACAAUACAGCUGCACCAUCGGCAGGGCUGGUCUUGCUUUUGUUUUUAAAAUAUGGUCAGGAUUUAGUGUACAGCAGAAUAACUUGUCAGACUCAUUGGGAAACCCUGAAUUGUGACGGAGAAUCUCGUAGCUGUUGUCUUGAUCUGUCGCCUGUAAUAACAAACUGUCCUCUAAUAUCUGUGGCUGCUCUCCAUGGCUUGUCCUUUUAUAAAUGUCUUUUGUAACAUGGAGAGGAAGGAGUGUGUGUGAUUGGAGGCAGGUGGGUAGGAGGUUAUUUGUGCAACACCACAGUCAGUCAGACCAUUAAAGUAUUCACUAUCUCUACAAACCUACUCACUUUGCUGUUAAAUCACCACUGACUCACCAGUGGAGGGUGAUUGGGUGUCACAGGAUUAUUUUCUUGCCACCACUGUAAAGAAUGGGCACCAACAUGACACCCAAACUGUCUUCAUCUACAGCUCAGACAUUACAUCACAGCAUACAUUAGUGUAAUUUUUUUUUUUUUUUGUGAAGCAAGGGUUUGGUUAAAUGUUUUAAUACAGUUUGUUUCAGUCUCCAUGUUGCUAAGUGAGGGGUCUGAAAGUCCCACAAGGAUAGAAACCCCAGACAAUUUGUGACAAUUUAAGCAUGUGAGAGCAAGAGUGAGUAAAUGUGAAGCCAAACAUACCAAAACAUACAUGUCUCAAACAUCAUGAUGUUCUUUUUAAGUGGGCAAGAAGAUGCACAAAUUUGUGUGUAAGGAAAAUCAUGAGGCUUUUUUUUUUUUUUUUUUUUUUAAACCAUAGCAGAGAAAUGUAAGGUUUGCAUGUCUGAAGCUCCUUACAUUGAUGAGCAGUAUUGCAAAGAAAAUGCAAUAUAAUGUCCAAUGUGGUCUGUAGGCACUGCCAUGGCUGCUGCUAAAGGCCACUAGGGGGCAGAUACACUAAUCAUGAGUGGCUGGAUGAGUUGAUGUGUGUGUUGGUGCAUCAGCAUCUAAAAUGAGGCCUUGGCAGCCCGUAUCAGAUGUGAAAGAAUCCCUCAGUACAAUCUGUCUGGGCUCAUGGUAACACCAAGGCCUGGUUUUCACUGCUGUUACAAAAAUGUCAUGUUUUUAGGUCAAAAGCAGCAUUUAUUGUUUCAUGAACAGCUGGAAAUGUUUUUGUCAUAUUUUUGAUAUUUGGCAGUGCAGUUCUAAUGUACCUCAUUUAUUUGAUCCAAGUGGCAUACCACCUGCAGCAUUUCAAUGGCAGCGUGAGCUGAUGGUUACAGUGGUGAAUAAAAAGAGACAAGGGUUAAUAUCACCAAUAUUCAGGUGACCUGAUAAUCGGAGCACAGUAUUGUCACAUUCCUGGAUAAAUAUUUCACUACAUUAAAAAAAGAAUGCGGCCUGUUUUAUGAUUUCACUUGAUUAAAUUAAAUUCAGGACAGUUCAGUCAGUAUUUGUGAGAAUGUACUUCAAUUUCCUAAACCUAGAAACUGCCACUACCCUUCAUUUAUGCACUGCUCCUUUUAUGAUCCAAAUUAUUUGGGUUAAUUUGACUAAAUCUGCAUCUCACAGUCUCCAUCAGCAGAUGAAGUUUGUUCAGUUGUCUCUAUUUAAAAAAAAAAAAAAAAAAAAAAAAAUAGUAAGUUGAUAAACGUAAUGUCAGUGUAGCUGACUUUCGUAACCUAUGAGGGGCACCACAAAUUAAAGGAUUUUAUCAGAUUUCUAGCUUUAGGAAAGAAAGCGGCAGGUUUCACAAACUAAACUGCCCUGAUAGAAGUGUCAGAGGUGUAAGUCAACUGCUCGAGUCACAACUCAGUAAAAACAGCUUCACUCCUGUCUCAUUUUGUACCGUGUGUCUGAUUAGCUGUCUGUGUGUGGAACCUGUAUACUGCAUCUUUCUGUUUGGACAAUAAACCUAAAUCUCUGUGUUCAACAUAGAA